CCUAUCAUUUGUAUUUUACUUGAAUAGUUCUGCGCAUGAAGUCUUGCCAAAAUGCCACGAACUUGGAUGACCGCCUUGUUAAAGCUGCUGAGUAUAAAAAGAUUUUGACAAGGACAGGGGCAUAAGAUAGUGACCCUUCCCCUGCUCUGUGCCCUUGACCACGGAACAUUUUAGAAGCCGGGAGUGGGAACCGCAGACAUGGUCAAGAUAGAGCUUGCACCGUUGAAUAUCCCGUUCAACCGACGUUUACAGACAGCUGCAGUUCUUCAAUGGGUCUUCUGCUUUCUCUUUGGAGCGCAGUGUUGUUUUUGUGUGUAUGUUGUGAUCGUGUUGAAUGGAUACUGGCACAUGGCUGCUCUGUAUGCCCUGUGGCUCUACCUGGACUGGGACACACCUCAGGCUGGGGGCCGCAGGUCUGACUGGGUACGCCACUGGACCGUGUGGAAACACUUUGGAGACUAUUUCCCCAUCCAUCUGAUUAAGACAUGUGACCUAGACCCAGAAAGGAACUACCUGAUGGGGUUCCAUCCUCACGGAAUCCUGGUAGCCGGAGCGUUUGGCAAUUUCUGUACAGAAUACACAGGUUUCCAAGAGCUCUAUCCAGGAAUGACUCCUUACCUGCAUACCCUCGGCAUCUGGUUUGGCUUCCCAUUCUUCCGGGAGUACCAUAUGUCCUCAGGGGUUGUUUCUUGUUCCAAGAAGAGUCUUACCCAUGUGUUGAGCCAGAGGGGAGGGGGCAACGUGUCAAUCAUAGUGAUUGGUGGGACGGCAGAGUCCCUGGAGGCCAGGCCUGGGAGCCUCAUCCUGGAGGCCCUCAACAGGAAGGGCUUUGUCAAGAUUGCUCUCAGGUGUGGGGCUCAUCUGGUGCCAGUGUUCUCCUUUGGGGAGAAUGAUCUGUUUAAUCAGCUGAAGAACCCGAAGGGCUCCCUGGUCCGUACCAUCCAGGAGGGCAUGAGGAAGACCCUGGGCUUCAGUUUGCCUCUGUUCCACGCCCGGGGGGUUUUCCAGUACAGCUUGGGCUUCAUGCCCUUCAGACAACCCAUCUACACCAUUGUGGGAGAGCCCAUAGUUGUGGAGAGGAACGUGAGCCCCUCAUCAGCUGAGGUAGACAGGCUGCAUGGCUGUUACCUGGAGGCGCUGGCUAAGCUGUUUGAGCAGCACAAGGCUGAGUACAGGAUCCUAGAGCACCAGCACCUCAUCUUCACCUGACCAGACCAAAUGAAGUCAGAUAGCACUACACUGUAGGAUUGCACCAUUCAACCAGCUCCUGACCAAUACACACUGAUACAGACUUUCAAACAAACAUAGUGCAAACAUACACAAAAUCACACAUGGGAAAUGGACACGUGCAUGCUUGCAUACAUGUAGAGUGAACACCCAUUUACACAAUCAAACGGGCAUCGCUCUCAUCCUUUACUCUCUUAUACAGUCACCAUAGGCCCAGAGUAAGUCAGCUGAGUUGAGCGUUGGAAACCCCGCUCAUUGAGCACCGCUAUGGAACUCCAUCUCCUUUCCACCGGCUCUCUAAAAACCCCUUCACGUUCAUUAAAAUCACAAUUUAACCAACACCAAUCUAUUUUUGUGACUACCUAGACCUACCAUUUGGUUUUGAAGUAUUGAAAUCAAACCACAUGACUUGAAUGAAAAGUAUUUUAAUGAACAUGAAAAGGUGAAUAUAAGAAGCGUUCAUGUCAUGUGAAACAACAUAUAAACACUGUAAAUAGGUCAGGAGCCAGACAAAGAGUCUAAGAAGGAUUGAAAAUGUAUUAUUUAGGCUAUUUUAUUUCAAUCAUUUAAAGGCUAUAGGGUACAAAGUAAUACAUUGUGAAGCAUUUUUGAGUGCAACACACAGGGCUGGGAGGGAGUCAGGAACAUUACCAAGUGCUCAGCAUUUAAACAACAUUUCGUUGUAUUAAAUCAUUAUAGUCUAUAAAUUGGGCAUAUAGGCUGAUUUAUGUUUUUAGGCAAAAUAACCCAAUUAAAAAACAGAAAGCUCUUUGAAAGUUGGAAUAUGCCUAUUGGGCCAAAAUCAAUUAUUGCCUAUUGUAUAGAUAAUAGAACAAAAAUGAAGGAAACUUUUAAGAUAUCAGAUUUUUAGUUUAUAAAUACUUUGCUACAAUGACACACUUAAUUAGCUACCCAGCUCAUUCAUUUAUUUUAGUUUAGCAUGUGCAGUAGUAAUAAGUACACCAUCAUGCUUUCGGGAUACGUGUCUUUUCAGAUUCCACUAUGAUUCACCUCACUCCCUCUCUUGCUCUUGGUCCUCAUCUUUGUAAGCAGUGGCGGAACUAGAGUUUUCUACAUGGGGUGGCCAAGGGGUGUCCAAGGCUACUUCAGGGGGUCCAUAGACCAUGACAGUAAAUUAGUGUGUAACCCUAACCUGGCAUCUAAGGAGCAUGAAUGAAUCAUAUGAUUGCUGAUUAGAGGUAGAAUUGAUCAUUCACUUAACCCGAAGUUCUUCAAUGUGACAGAUAGUGUGGUCCAAAAGGGUUUGUUCACUAGAAUUAUUUAAAAUACUAUGAAUAGUCAGGGUCUCUACCUCGGAACUGCAGCUCAAUUUCUUUCUCUCUCACAUACACACUGUACUGUACUCGCAUACUGGAGAGACUUGGGUCACUCUGUUUUCAUGAAUAUAUCAUCUGGAUCUAUAAGUGUUGAACAUCCAAAAUAUUUUCCCAAAAAUAAAGCUCAAGCGCCAAGGAGAUAAGAUAGCAUUUGUGUGUUACAUAAAUUGCAUAGUUUAUUUACAAAAAAGUAAAUUUACAAAAAAACACACUGCAAUUUGAUAUAGCAGGUAUCAAGCAGAAACAGACUUUAAAAAUCAUUUUGGUGCCCAUCAAUAUUACAAACUUACAGUAUCAUAUUAAUGCUCAUAUAUAUUAUGUUAACUAAUAGCAAAGAAAAGUUUUGGAAUUGGCCUAAUCAAGACCAAAUUAAAUAUGUGUGACAUGAUGCCCUUUGGAUUUAUCAUUUUAGAAUGUCAGUGUACCAGCUAGUACACAGUGCAGGUUUUAAUCAUGACCAGAGGGACCGUCUAAGUGCCAAAUGAUCCUAGGUAGAUUUAAAACAGCAUACUUCUGCGGUUCUGGUGAGAACUGGCUAAAUGUUUCACAAACUCAUCCAUGUUGAGGGAGCGUGCCCUCCUUGACUCAACACUGAGAAUUCCGAAGUAACUUAACCUGUCAUCAACCAUUGUUGUCCUAAGGUGGGGUUUAAUCAGUUUUAAAGCUGAGAAGCUUCUCUCGCAAGAAGCACUGCUGACUGGUGUAACAACAGAAAUCUUACAAAGUCGAAAUAGCUCAUGGAAGACCUCUUUAUAAAGUUCUAGAAACACAACAAAGUCAAGGAGAGUAGACGGUCUGUCCCUUCCACUUUUCUCUCUCCUAUCAAGAAGCCACUUGGUUUGAUGAACCUCAUGUUUGAGGUCCUCUAAAUCUGACUCAAAUGUCUGAGCAAAAGCAAACAAAGGCUCCUCAUUCAAGAAUGUUGUACUCUAUGGGUUGAGAGACUGGACCCCUUGCAUUAUCUCGCAAUUCUUCUUUGAAAACGUAUCUGCGGCACAGCUGUGAGACUGUCAAGCACCUGAUAAAAGAUAGCUCUUUGGAAGCUCUCACCAUCACUUUGGUCACUAUUUUUCUGUCCUACAGUGCUCAUCAUCAAUGAGUCGUGA